AGUAGCUCUAAAAUUGAUCCCAAAAAAAAAAAACUAUGGAUUCUUUAUCUAGCUUAGAAAUUUCCUUAGAAGAAUCCAAUAUAAUGCCACCCAUAGAGAAACCACAUAAUUUCACCCACCUACACUUCUAUUUCCAUGACACCCUAGAUGGUGAAAAACCAACUACACUCAAAAUUAUCAACCCACCUAAUGAAUCAUCUCAUGGUGAUUUUGGAUCCACUUUUAUUAUAGAUAACCCUUUGACUGAAGAAAAAGAUAUAAGUUCAAAAGUUAUUGGAAGAGCUCAAGGAACCUAUGCAUUGGCUUCUAAACAAGGUGAUUUUGCUUUGAAAAUGGAUGUUAAUUUUAUUUUUACAGAAGGUAGGUACAAAGGGAGCACACUUAGUUUGGUUGGAAGGAAUGUUAUUAUGGAUGAAGUUAGAGAAAUGCCUAUUGUUGGAGGAACUGGUGCGUUUAGGUUUGCAAAAGGGUAUGCUUUGGCAAAGACUGUUUUAUAUGAUCCUGCUUCUCAUAAUUCCAUUGAGGAAUUUGAUCUUAGCAUUUACCAUUUAUAAAAAUAUCUUGUAUGGUUUUUAGUAAGAUUACAUGUUUUUUAAUUUCUAUUUCAAUAA